UAUACGUUUUAGCGCAUUAACUGCUCUGUGUAUGAAACCUGUAUCAUUUUACUGAGAGAGUAUAAGUGCUACUUCACACAAUAAUUAUGUAGUGUCUAAAAAUGGCUAUUUGGAUUCUGUUUUGCAGUUUCGCGGUGAUGUCGGCAGCUCACAUUAGUGAUUAUGAAGAUGAUUGUCCAUCGUAUUGCUUUGGAGAACCUUAUCAAUGUAUAAACGGACACUGCUUCUGCGCGAGUGGGUAUAUGCCUAACCUAUACCAAACUCAAUGCGUUAAAUGCCCAGGUUUAGGAGAACCUUGCUUUGGUCUGUGUUGUAGUCAGAACAUGACUCUGCAAUGUUGGCAAGGCAUAUGCCAAUCGUGCUAUGCCCCAAAUGGAAAGUGGAUUUGCAGAGACCCUGCCGACCAAAUAAUUCUAAUAUCAGGAACUCAGAUUAUAAUGGCAUCAGCUUUGGUUUUGGGAAUCAUUGCCACAUUUAUACUUCUGUAUAAGCUGUGUGCUGCUACCACAAUCAGUAUGGUCCAUGAUAACACGAUUCCUCCUCCACCCUACACACCUGAAAGAAAAGACGAAAACCCUCAAAACGCAACGGUUCACAUAUAAAAGAUACUGAUUGAUGAUAGAAUAAAAUAUUUUACAAUA